AUGGACGCUCGCACUCAGACCGGCGCCGCCGGCGCAGCGACCGGUUCGCCGACGUUGGAUGCGCGGAUGGGCGCACUCCACGUGCAAGCGGACACCGUCUCGCGCAGCGUUUUUGAUAUCGUGGCGAUGCUUGCUGAGCGGGAGUCGGCCCUCAAGGAGCAGAAGUCGGCCUUGGAGUCGGAGACUGGCAAGCAGGAGGCGGCGCUGCAGGCGUUGCACGACCGUUUGCGGCGAGAGUUGGCCAGCGAGCGCCAGGCGCUCGACGUCGAGAAGGCGUUUGUCGCCGCGGCCUCUUCUUCGCAGCUGGUCGUUCUCAGUGUGGGCGGUACAAAGUUCACGGCACGGCGCGACACGCUCGCGCGCGCGCCCGGCUUCUUUGGCGCGCUCUUCUCCGGCCGCCACACCGUGCCAGCUCAAGAGGAUGGGUCUUACUUCAUCGAGAGAGACCCGACGCAUUUCAGCCUCAUCCUGCGCUGGCUGUCGGACGGCCGCGACAACUUCUCCGCGCUCCCUCGUGCGACCAAGAUCGCGCUCGCCGAGGAGGCCGACUACUACGCCCUCGACGACCUGCUCACGGCGAUCAACGGCACCGACCACCUGCGGGCUCUCUCAGAAGGCGACGCGGCCAUCCGGCGCGAGGAAAACCUGCGCCGCGCCGCCUUUGCACGCUGCGAAUCGCUCGUCCGCGCGGCCAGCAUCGCGCAGGCGGCCGCGACUCCGUUGCCCGAGGCUCCGCGCGACGAUCUGGAUGACGACGCGCCCAUGCCUUCCUUCAGCGCCGCCGCUCGGCCCUUCCUCACCCCGCUGACAUCGCUCCGCUUGAGCGCAACGAGGAGGCGCGAUGAGGCGAGCGAGUGGGCGGAGCGCGUACGCGAGGCGUGUAACCACAUCCACAACGGCUUUUACGACUUUCGCGACGUGCUCGCCAUCGCGGCGUCGACAGCCGUUGGCCAGCUGCUGCCCUUCCGCCGUGUGACGCACAGCCCCGCGGGCUACCCGCUGCUGUUUGAGCAGUUUGCGGCGCACCACAAUGAGCUGGAGCCGUCGCAAUGCGUGCUGGUGAGAACACUUGAUGAGUGGAAGCUCGCCUUCUCGCGCCACAACCCAGACAUCCUCGACCGCCUCGGCUCCGUCUCCUGUCCGGCGCGCUGCAAGUGGGUCAUCGCGGGUGGCUCGGUGCUGCGUGCGCUGCUCCGCCGGCCGCCAGCCGCCGCCGCCUUUGACGACACCGACGUGGACAUCUUCAUUGUUGCCGAGGAGGCGGCCGACGCGACGCGCCUCGCGGAGAGCAUCUGGUGCGCUCUCGCGGCGGACGGCGAGGAGUGGGUGCUCUCGCGCGGGCAAUACGUCAUCAACAUGAUUCGCUCCGGAGGCGAGCUGGCGUCUGCAGCUCAGCCGCCAGUGCAGAUCGUGCUCCGCCUCUACGAGUCGCCGUCCGAGGUGCUGCACGGCUUUGACGUCGACCCGUGCGCGGUCGCCUUUGACGGCGAGGGGCUGCACGCGCUGCCGCGCGCCAUCGAGGCGCUUCGCACCGGCUACGGCGUACUGAAUCCGCUGCACGCGUGGCCAACUGAGCCCACGUACGAGCUGCGUCUGGCCAAGUAUGCAGGGCGAGGCUUCGCCGUCGCCGUGCCCGGACUGCAGUGGCAUCUCGUCGAUCGCAAGGCGGUCAAUGCCGCGCUGGUGGACCUGAAGGGGCUCUCGCGCUUGCUGCUCCUCGAUGCGGAGCGCUCACGGGCGCUGCACCAGCUCAGAGCGCUCAACACGCCGCUGCCGUCACUCAAGCACGUCUUCGGCCGCGUGCGCUUCUUCUCCAACUAUGGGGCCCACACACGCUCUCGCGAGCUGCCGACGCAGUACCACGACGCUCGUCACCUCACCAACAUCAGCUGGGACAACUACAUGACGGACCCGGGCGACGCGACUGCAAACGCGCCCGACGCGUCGGCGUGGUGGCUCGUGGUCCCGUGCCACCAGCUGGAAAGCGAGGAGGUGAUGAACGCCGACGCGCGCGCCGAGCAUUGGGCAAUCAUCCUCGACGCGGACCGCGAGAAUCUCCGCAUCCCGCGCGAGCUUGAGUGGUCUACGACGCCGCGCACGCGCGAGUACCUGAAUGCAGGCGAGGUGGGGCUCGAGCAGCGCUACUUUGCGUCCGUGUACUCGAGGCGGCGCUCGAGCGGGGCGCGACGCGGACGGGAUUCUCUGUGA